UGCUUCGUCCUCGUGUGGCCAGUGGGGUAAGCGCGGCGCUGGGUGAGCGGUGCUGCCGGUUAAAGGAGGAAAAAAAACCAAAAAACACCCUUUUUGCAAAUUAUUUUGCUGUUUACUUCAAAAACGUGUCUGUUAGCAAGUCCCAAGAUGACUUUGAUUGAAGAUUAAGGCAACAUGUGUUUUCCAUUUAUUUUUUAUGGUGUGUUGUUUUCCGCUCUUGGCACGAGUUGCUUCACUGGGACUUGUUCAAACACCGACGCUGAUAAAUUUUGGUGCAGCUGAGAGCGUUGCCAUUUUGAGCACUGCCGGUUCGGCGUUAGGCCUCGGCUGCACCGCCUCGAGACCGACUCCCUGGCUGCUGUCUUGUGGCAACAGCAUAGGGAAUCAAAACACAACAAAACCUGAAAAAGGAAAUGUAAUUUUGAAAAGCAGCUUGCCCGGAGAGAUUCAGGGUCUGAAAUUUCUUGUGGCAUUGCCAGGAUUUCAUGGGAGUGGUGGCCAGCUUCUCGGGUUAACGGCUGCUACGCUGUUGUCCUGUGUCUGCUUUCCUAGCCCAGUGACGAGAAUGGUAAAAAUUGCGCUUAAUUUGCAAGAAUAGGAACUGCAGUAAUCACUUCUCCCCGCUUAAUUUUAUCACUGUAACUCUCUAGACUUACUUCCUCUCCAGACUUACUGUAGAAACUUUAUGUGAGAAAUGCGUACGAUAUAGUCUUGUCUGAGAUUGAGGAUGAGGUCCUAGAGCUUUUAUGGAUGGUAAGUCUUCCAGCCCUGGUUCCGCUUCCAGCCUCCUGGACAAAUUCAUGUGUCAUCCUUGGGAUGUUUCUGGAUUGCAUUAAAGUGGCAAAUGAGGUCAUGUUUGGGGAUUUAAUUUAUCAACGAUCCAUGUAGUCUUGCCAGUGUCACCAGAAUUAUCCUGACAGUGAUUUUCACCUAAAAGUUUGAAAGUGAAUGGCCAGAGAGAAGGUGCAUUUUGACGUCUCUCUCAUGUUGUCUUUGGCUUUUAUUAAAAUAAAGUUUAAAAAAGCAUGAAAGGGAUUUUCCUGCCUUUCUACUUCAGAGAGGGGAACUAGAUAUUGCUUAACUCGCAGUUGCUGGAGAAUUCAGUUUGUGUUCUGGUGAAUUUUAACAUUUUACAAAUAUUGACAACCUGCAAGAGCAGUAGGCAAAUAUCAUUGCUUCAGUUUAGUUCAAGGGGAAGAUAAACUGCACUGGUUCCUUACUCCCUCUCUAUUGCUGAUCUCCAUGCCAGGCUUCAUCUGAUGCUCUCUGAACCAUGCUUCCUUGUGAGUUUAAGCUGCCAGUUUGGCUACAAGCAGCUGCUCUUGAUGCAGUCAAUAGCAGACAAGGCAGUGUUAUUCCUAAAAGCUAUGUAUUUAUCGGUCCGCAGUUCCCAACAACAUAUGCAGCUGCAAGUGGGUUUUCAAGGAGUCAAAUCUCAAUCUGAAGUCCCUGAAGGGAGAACCGAAGCCGAUAGAUGCUGUGCAGCCAAAGCCAGGCUUUGUGUCCACUUGCAUACAGACCCUGCAUUCUUGUAGUCUGCCCUUUCAAAGAGGAUCAUUGGAAAGCAGUGAAGAUCCGGAGUCCCAAGAUGUGUCUCUUGUCCAUAAAUACUUAAUCUAAUUUAGUGGAUAUUUGAAUUUGACUGUCAUGGGUCUAAAUAAUUGUAUGUAGGAAUAUUGAUGAGACCAUUGCAUGCAGUUUUUUUGGAAAAAGUGGUCAAAGGAAAUGGAUAGUUAUUCAGACUUCAGUGCAAAGAACCUCUCAGCUCCAGCUAAUAUGUCCAUUUCUUUGCCUGGGCAAACUGGACUCAGUAUCAAUACCACCAGUAGUCCUCCGUCUAUGUCAAUAAGCAGGCUUUUCCCAGCCCUGUUAGAAUGCUUCGGAAUAAUUCUUUGUGGGUACAUAGCUGGAAGAGCCAACAUUAUCACAUCGACUCAGGCCAAAGGACUGGGAAAUUUUGUCUCCCGUUUUGCACUCCCAGCGCUACUGUUCAAAAACAUGGUGGUACUUAACUUUUCUAAUGUGAAUUGGUCCUUUCUGUACAGUAUAUUAGUUGCCAAAGCUUCUGUAUUUUUCUUAGUCUGCAUUUUAACAUUGUUGGUGGCCAAUCCUGAGAAUCGAUUUAGCAAAGCAGGUUUGUUUCCAAUUUUUGCUACACAAAGCAAUGACUUUGCACUGGGAUAUCCAAUAGUUGAAGCUUUAUAUCAAACCACUUACCCAGAAUAUCUCCAGUACAUUUACCUAGUGGCUCCAAUAUCUCUUAUGAUGUUAAACCCUCUUGGGUUUAUCUUCUGUGAAAUCCAGAAGUGGAGGGAUAAUCGCACCAUGUCGCACAGCAAAAUGAAAAUAGUGGGCCUAGCGCUCCUUCGAGUUUUGCAGAACCCGAUUGUAUUCAUGGUCUUCAUAGGCAUUGCCUCAAACUUUAUUCUUGGCCAGAAGAUUCCAGAAUAUCUUGAAAACUUUCUGGAUGGACUAGGCAGUUCCUUUUCUGGCUCUGCACUUUUUUAUCUUGGACUAACCAUGGUGGGACAAACAAAAAAAGUGACAAAGGGUAUGUUUGUUGCACUGAUCCUUCUCAUCACAGCUAAACUACUUAUGAUGCCAUUUCUCUGUAGAGAAAUGGUGGAACUCUUGGACAAGAGUGACGAUGUAGUCAACCAUACCAGUUUAUCAAACUAUGCAUUUCUUUAUGGAGUCUUUCCAGCAGCGCCUGGCGUGGCAAUAUUUGCAACUCAGUUCAACAUGGAAGUAGGAAUUAUUACCUCAGGCAUGGUGAUAAGCACUUUUGUGUCUGCUCCUAUCAUGUACGUUUCUGCUUGGCUGUUGACCAUCCCAUCUAUGGAUCCCAACCCGCUGGCAUCUGCACUCCAAAAUGUUAGCUUUGACAUAAGUAUCGUCAGCCUCAUUUCCCUGAUCUGGUCUCUUAUUGUUGUUCUUUUGAGUAAGAAAUACAAGCAGCUUCCUCACAUGAUUACAACAAAUCUGCUUGUUGCUCAGUUCAUUGCUUGCAUUGGAAUGGUGAUAUGGAAUUUCAUUGUUAAAGAGAAAGACAUCACCAUACAGAUCCUAGUAUUUAUAUUCCUGUACAGCUCACUUUAUAGCACCUACCUGUGGACUGGUUUUCUGUCUUUCUCUUUGUUCUUGUUGAAGAAGAGAGAAGCAGUAAAGAUUCCCAUAGGGUUUAUUAUCAUAGCUGGAUGGGGUAUCCCAACACUUCUGGUGGGAAUCUUACUAAUAGUUGGUGAACAUAACAACGAUAGCAUUGACUCUGCCUUUUUUUAUGGAAAACAUCAGAUAAUUACCACAGCAGUGAUCCUGUUUAUCAGCAUAUUGAUGUCAGGUAUCUCACUUAUGUGCAUGAACAGAAGUAGACAGGAGUCAAACUAUGAGAUACUGAACCCAUAUUCACCUCGUAGCCAAGUGGAGGAGGUUGAAGUGGAAGGGAGUGAGGGAAAUCAGGUAUCAACAACAGCGCCUGAGCCUUCUGCAGGAACCUCUGCAAAGCCUUCUGCAGGACCUUCUGCACAUCUGUCUGUGGAAAGAGGCUGCUGUUCUUGUCAAACAACAAAUGGUGAAUUAUCCUGUGCUAGAGAGAACAAAGCAGUGUCAAAUGCCGUUGAAAGCAAGAUUCCUCCAAUUGAGACAGCGGAUCAGUGUGUGAGUCAGUGCAGCGCUCAAACUUGCAUAUUGGCACAGGAAGAGCAACUUCUACAGACUGGAGACAAACAGCUGGCCAGACAUGUGUUGCUGUGUUUACUUCUCAUUGUUGGCCUGUUUGCUAAUCUUUCCAGUUGCUUGUGGUGGCUGUUCAACCAAGAACCUGGAAGGCUUUAUGUGGAGCUGCAGUUCUUUUGUGCGGUGUUUAAUUUUGGCCAGGGCUUUAUUUCCUUUGGUAUUUUUGGCUUAGAUAAGCAUUUGAUCAUUCUGCCAUUCAAGCGAAGACUUGAAUUUCUCUGGGGAGGUAGAGAAACAGCAGGACAUGCAGAUCCCUCUCUUCCUGAGGAAAUUAGGAUGACUUGUCAACAGUUUGUUCAAUAUCACAGAGAUCACUGUGUCAGAAGUAUUGUCAGAGGGAGAAGGUGUGGUGCAAAGAUCUCCACUGGCAUCUUCUUUGGCUGUGACCUGGUAAACUGGCUCAUGCGAGUUGGCCUUGCCUCCGACCGUGGUGAAGCUGUGAUGUAUGGAGACAGACUGGUGAAAGGAGGCAUCGUGCAGCAUAUUACGAAUGAAUUUGAAUUUCGGGAUGAAUACUUAUAUUACCGCUUUAUUCAAAAGAGAUCUGCUACAGUUGAGAGCCAUUGACCUGGGCACCUACACAGACGACAGGCAGUUAAGGGUGAACGCGACCGUCUCCUCUGCCUCGACCAUUGAAACUGAAAGUAUUUCUUUCUCAGGGCCCUCAGAGAAUUGUGUGAUUCUCCCUUGUAAAGCAGCAGAAAUGUAGUUCUACUUGUGUCUAUUCUGAAGAAAAUAGUAGCAAGUGGUAUUCUUAGGAAGCAUUCGAAGCAGAAUGCAACUAGAACAAAACAGUGCUCCGUAUUUAGAGGGGUUUUGUUAUUAUUUUGAGUGUAACAAAUAGUAAAAUGAUAUGUGUCACUGUCAUAUUACAGACAUACUAUAACAGCAAAUUUAGUGGCUGGUGCCACAGUGAAAAAAACCAUGAACGUUGGGAAUAUUUUAUGUUCUUGUAUGUUUUCAGUAUUUAUUUAGUGUAAUGAAAUCUUGAUCCCUAUUUAAGGUCAGACUUCCCACUGAUUUAAUAUUAAGUAGAAUUUCUUCCGCCAUACCCAUGCUUUUACUACUUUGUACCCUUGUGUAACACCAGGAACUUUUCUCAGCUGUUUACACCUCCGAUCAGGCAGUUUAUUUCUCUCUUAAAGAUAAAAUCUUCCAUUUGUAAUGGCAUAAUUGUUGUGAAGAUGAUUAUGAUGUCAGAGAUUAAAGCUGAGAAAGUCUUAAAAGCAUGUAAAAAUAAAACCCCCCAAAUUGGAAAAUAAUAUAAUGGAGCUUAGCGUAAACAAUUGGUUUUGAAACGUUGCCCUUUGGUGGUAGUAACAGCUUUGUAAAGAGUAGACUUUGCCUUCUGAAAUUAGCCUGUCCAUUUUAAUCCAGAAGUGCCCAUCUCAAAUAGAGAAGUUACGGAAGCCUUGGAUGUGCAAGUCAAGACCCAAAAUUUUAUCAAAUCAUAAAACCUUUUAAAUGAAAUGCAACGACUUUUAAAUCUAUUCUAUAAAGAAUCCUAACUGAACAUCUGGAUUAGGUUUUAAAAUAGCUAAAGUUCUGGAAAGUUUAGUAUUGGUUACCUAAUAAAGCUUUCUGAUAAACCUCAGGUUUACCUCAUGAUGUUUAAAUAGUUACUCUAGUGUCAUUCAGAUUCCCGGGCACUGAAAGUAGAGUCUGUGUAUCUUCUACAGUACUUUGAAAUGAUAGCUAUUACUGCUAGCCUUUUAGAAUUGCAAGAACAGCAUUUAUUUGUCUACAUAAACCUUUUAAUCAGUACAGUGAGCAAAAAGGAAGCCAGAUCAUUAAGCAAAAAAAAAAAAAAACCUCUUCUUCACUUAUCUGGAAUAGCUAAACUUAAGAAUAACAUCUUUCAUCCUUUUUAAAUAAGUCUUUUGUUUUUUUAAUACAUGGAUUUUAUUGCACCUACCUAUGAGUCUGCUCUGUAUUAAGAGUUAAAAGUAGUUUUAAUAGCAUAAACUACUGUUCAAGAAACAGUCUUUUUAUGGUAGCUGUAACUCCAUGCAAGAGUUAAACUGGGAAAAAAAGAGUUCCUUUUACUAUCAAAGUCAGUCUUAUUGCCCAUCUGCAGUGUGCACAGAAACAUAACAGCAUCCCACUGCAUAAUGUAUGCUAUACAAAGUGGCAUAUAUUACAUACUUCCAGCAAAGUAACUGACGUUUGUAUCAGGUUGUGACUUAUAAACAACAAAGGAAAACAAUAGCAUAUUUCUGUUACAACUGCUGAAGAUAGCUACAUCAAUUAUUUUGGAAUAACUAGAUAUACAUGGCUUAAGAAUAGAAGCUGUGAGUAUGCCUGGCUUCUAAAAACUAACUUCUCAAUAAAUCUGUUGUUACUUGAUUUCA